AAAAAAAAAAAGUGCCUUCUGUCAUUGAAGGUUGCAGAGAGCAGACUGGUUGGAGAACUUGGGUGCCGUGACAAGUAGAGUCAGAGCAUGAGUUCCAAGUCAAAAUCCAUAGGGAUCAUUGGAGCUCCUUUCUCCAAGGGACAACCACGAGGAGGAGUGGAAGAAGGUCCUAAGGCAUUGAGAAAGGCUGGCCUGCUUGAGAAACUUAAAGAACAAGAGUGUGAUGUCAAAGAUUAUGGGGACCUGUCCUUUGCUGAAGUCCCUAAUGACAGUCCCUUCCAAAUAAUGAAGAAUCCAAGGUCUGUGGGAAAAGCCAAUGAGCAGCUGGCUGGUGUGGUGGCAGAAGUCAAGAAGAAUGGAAGGACCAGCCUGGUCCUGGGUGGAGACCACAGCCUGGCGAUUGGCAGCAUAUCUGGGCAUGCCAGGGUCCACCCGGAUCUCUGCGUCAUUUGGGUGGAUGCUCACACCGAUAUCAACACUCCACACACAACCACAAGUGGGAACUUACAUGGGCAACCUGUGUCUUUCCUCCUGAAGGAACUAAAGGGAAAGAUCCCCGAUAUACCAGGAUUCUCCUGGGUGACUCCCUGCAUAUCUGCCAAAGAUAUUGUGUAUAUUGGCCUGAGAGACGUGGACCCCGGAGAACACUACAUUUUGAAAACUCUGGGUAUUAAAUACUUUUCAAUGACUGAAGUGGAUAAACUGGGAAUUGGCAAGGUGAUGGAAGAAACAUUCAGCUAUCUACUAGGAAGAAAGAAAAGGCCAAUUCAUCUGAGCUUUGAUGUUGAUGGACUGGACCCAUUGUUCACACCAGCAACUGGCACACCAGUCAUUGGAGGUCUGACUUACAGAGAAGGCCUCUACAUUACAGAGGAAAUUUACAAGACAGGGCUACUGUCAGGAUUAGAUAUCAUGGAAGUGAACCCAUCUCUGGGGAAGACACCAGAAGAAGUAACGCGAACAGUCAACACGGCAAUAGCAGUGACCAUGGCUUGUUUUGGAGUUGCCCGGGAGGGUAAUCAUAAGCCUAUUGACUAUCUUAACCCACCUAAGUAAAUGUGGAAACAGUAUGUAAGAAUCUCACAGCUAAUGACAUAAUUAGCAAAUCUAAUAAUGUACUGAAGCUUACAGUUGGCCUCUUAAAGAUUUGGUGUUUCAGAAGAAUGUUUUGCCUUAGUAAAUAUUAAUACAAUUAGUAUAAACUGUAUCAGUUCCCUCUUAGUGUGAAAUUCAAGAUUUAGAAAUUCAAAGUUUUGUAAAAUUAAAAAGCUUGUAUUUCCUACAUAAGCCCCCAUGCAUAGAAUGGGAUUCCUGCUAUCAGGAGAUAAAACUACCCCAUCUGAAAAGGGACCAUAUUUCCAUGUUGUUCAAAAGAUGUGAUUUUUAUAAUAAACUCUUUAUAAUAA